GUGGGCUCUGGUUGGCUGCUCCGUCGCAUGACUAAGCAAUUCUGCCUGGUGUCAAAUGCGAGAAGCGGGCGGGCAACUUCACCAUUGCAUCACCAACUUCAGUGCCCACGACCUCGCCACCAAUCGAUCCAAAGCUGUAUCGGAUUGCGUGUAAAAUUGCAGGAGUUAGGAACAGAAUAUUCUACAUCAGAUACAAGCCCAUCGACUCUGGCAGGAGCAACACGCUGCUCUCGAUUGGGGAUCGUUGACGAAGUCGAUUAAUCCAAUUGCGGCGAAGAGUCAUCUAUCGUACAGGCUCUAUUUCUCGACGCUUAUUUUACAGAACGAAAAACAAGAAAAAUAAGAACCGUAGACGAUUUAUUCGACUUAGAAGCAAUUCAAGAGAAGCAGAGAAUCUCUUCAGCCGCAUCGGCCCCGUGUACCGCCUCGCCACCGCAAGCGUAGCCCGUCGGAACACGAACCAUGUCCAACACGGGCGUCGGCAGCGUCUACCAGACGAUUAUCAACGAAGUUAUUAACAGCUCGCGCGUUGACUUCGAAGAAAAUGGCAUCGAAGAGUCGGCUUUGGAGGAAUUACGAAAGGGAUGGCAACAAAAACUGACACAACUCGACGUUGCCAGCUUCCCAUGGGACCCGGUUCCCGAACCAGCAGCUGCUCCUGUACCCAACGCAGGCGUGGCUGCGACACAAGCCUACGUCCCGUCACCGACGGCUGGUACACCUAUUAAUGGUGGCGCCACUGAUAUUGCUGGUGUCAAAAUGGAGGCUGGCAUCAAAGCAGAGCCAACCACACAGACCGCUGGUAUUCCCAACUACCCGCCAUACAACGGGGUAGACAACAAGAACAGUGUUGCUGCAAGCCGCGCCGCCCAACAGCUUCAGGCCCAGUAUGGUGUCCGCGCAGCCGGAUCCAUCAAUGCCAUCCAAGAUCGCAUGGGUCAGCAGCAGCGACCGCCGCACAGCCAAACUGAUGGCGCAGCGGACCUCGAUGAUGAGACAUAUGAAGGCGUCAUCAUGCAGCGAAGCAAAGCUGGCACUUUGCAAGAGCUCGGCCGUGUUGACAUCGACCGCAUUCUGCACGCGAAAAUCGCCGCCAAUUCUCGGGCAAUGGAGGGCGGCGGCCUGAUGCUUUCUCUAAAGGAAGCAACGGGUAGCGGCAGCGCUGCUGGCACGUCACGCAAGGGCAAGGGUGUUGCCGCCUUUGACGGCGGUGAUGACGAUGAUGACGACGAUGAUGAGGAAGAGGAUGAGGAUGCUAUUAACUCGGAUCUUGAUGACCCCGAGGACGAAGACGGUGAAGAUGAAGUUGAUGAAGACGGACUGGGCCACAUUAUGCUUUGCACGUAUGACAAAGUACAGCGCGUCAAGAACAAGUGGAAGUGUGUUCUCAAGGACGGUGUGCUUACUGUCAACGGCAAGGAGUACGUUUUCCACAAGGCAUCUGGUGAAUACGAAUGGUAAAAGACCACGACGAUGCCUCCAAGCCAAUGAGCUGGAUACAAGUGGCGGUGAAUAGCGGAUGCUGUCACUCGCCUCUGUUUGCUUUUCUUCUUCCUUUUUUUCGGGACCAAUCUGUCGUUUGCAGCAGACACAGUGAAGUGGUUUGUUCAAAGAGCCCAUUAUCGUGGCUCAUCUGCCCAACACAAUCUAAGUUGAAAUCGUGGCACGUAUCGAACGCCUGCAUUAUUUUCACACCCCUCCCGGAGCACUUGCAGCAGCAAACAGAAAAACAAAUAAAAAAAAGAGACAAGAGUGGCUUGUUUGUUUACUCUUCUAUAUGGCGUUUAUUCUCCUUUACCUUUGGUGCUGUCUUUCUGUACACAAAACUAGUGGCAGAAUAUCGAUGGAUAACCUGAAAAUCAAGCUGACUUUAUUC